AUGGAAAACCUCACGCUCGAUGAUCCGCCUCCUGCGCAAGCAGCGCCGAUGGGCGGGGCUCCAAUGCAGCCGCCAUUGCCUGGCAUGAUACCGCCACAGAGUCAGCAAUUACCGCCGCAGAUGUUCACUACAGCGGCGCAAUUGCUAGAUCUAACUGAUAAAAAGCUCAUGGUCGCUCUCCGCGACGGCAGAAAACUAAUCGGUGUCCUACGAAGUUGGGAUCAAUUCGCAAACCUCGCCCUCCAAUCUACUAUCGAGCGGAUAUUCGUCCCGCCAUCCAAGACAUCAUCUUCUACACCUCAACCUGGGCUCUACGCUGAUGUCCCCAGAGGCAUAUUUCUCGUACGGGGCGAGAACGUCCUGCUGCUUGGAGAGAUCGAUCUAGAUAAAGACGACGAUCCGCCACCAGGAUAUGAGUUGGCCGAAAUCGAGACGGUGCAUAGACUACAGAAGGAAAGGAAAGCACGGGAAGCCAAGAGAGAAAAGGUUGUUAAGAAACGAUUAGGCGAAUUAGGCUUUGAGGGGGAGAACUUGGGGGAAGCUUUACUUUAA